GACCUGGAAGGUGGUCGUUACAUGUGUAUCCACUAUACUAUCAGCAGUUUUCAUUGUACUUUGUGCUGUCUAUCUUCGGUGGGGGAAGGAGAUUGGAAAAUGUCCAAGAUGAAGAAAGAAGCCGGCAUGGACUAUUACCUGAAUUAUUAAACCCCACUGGAGUCACAAUCAUUGAGGAAGACAAAAUGGUAAGUUCUGAAGAGCUGCCAUUCAUUGAUCUCGCUACUGUAAGGAAAGCUACAGAUAACUUUUCAGAUUCGAACAAGCUUGGACAAGGUGGAUUCGGUGCUGUUUACAAGGGUUGGCUAGAUGGGAAAGAAGUAGCUGUUAAAAGACUAUCAGGAAAGUCAUGGCAAGGCUUAGAGGAGUUUAGAAAUGAAGUCACUCUCAUUGCAAAGCUUCAACACAGAAACCUCGUGCGGCUUUUGGCAUGUGGCUUUGAGGGAGGAGAAAAGCUGCUUUUGUACGAGUUCAUGCCAAAUAAAAGCCUUGAUACUUUUAUCUUUGAUUUGGAAAGACGAGCUGAACUCAAUUGGCAAACAUAUCACAACAUCAUUGAAGGAAUAGCCAGAGGACUUCUGUAUCUUCAUGAGGAUUCCCGGCUUAAGAUCAUUCACAGGGAUUUGAAGCCCAACAAUGUGUUGUUGGACCAUGAAAUGGUUCCAAAAAUAUCAGACUUUGGAAUGGCAUGGCAAGGAUAUUUUGUGACAACCAGAACACUGCCAACACUAAAAGAGUUGUAGAACACAUGGCUACAUGGCUCCCGAGUAUGCAAUGGAGGGACUAUUUUCUGUAAAAUCUGAUGUUUUCAGCUUUGGAGUAGUCUUGCUUGAGAUUAUAAGUGGGAAAAAGAAUAGUGGGUUCUACCUCACGGAACAUGCCAAGACGCUAGUUGAAUAAGUAUGUUUCUUUGCCCCCUUUGACUAAGAGUCUCACUUAACCAAGUUUAGCUGCAAUGCAGGCAUCAGUAACAAGACCUAUUUACUUAAUUAUUUGAUAGGCAUGUGUAAGUAUUUGGACUACUCUCUUCAACACAUGACUUUCCCAAAGGCUUCAAGGACAACAGAUAUGUAAAGUAUUAGGAGAAUGUCUCUCCUAAUUGUUCGGUGACGUAAGGCAAGUAAGAGAGGAUCGAAGAAUCAAAUCAUGAAGAGAGAUUCAAGGAAGUUAUUUCACUGAUCUUGAGAUUGAGGUGUUUUUAAUACAUAUCAUAUGUUGCAUGAUUCUAAAUAGAUAUGCAUUGAUUUUAAUUGAUCUCAAAAUCUCUUUGUGUAUGCAUAUCCAAUUACUUGUUCAAAAAGUUUAAAUAACCUUUCCAUAUUUAUCUUAUUCUGUGAUUAAGAUAAAGGUUUUGUUUGAGGGGGAGUCUUGCUUCCCUAUAAAAAGGUUUUGAAACUAUUUACCCUACAGAGGUUUUUCGGUGCAAAAAUUAUUCUUCUUGAACCACUUGGGUUCUUGCUCAAAUUGUCUUUGAAAACUCUCAUUGUUUGUUUCAUGAAUUCCUUUGCAUAAUCAAUCACGCUCAUUCUCAAGAUCAGUGAGACGAUUGAGUACUAGCUAGGAAGUGGUAGAUAGGUUGACUAGAAUUCUAUGUGGAUUUAGUUAGAAGUUAGGACAGUAGUAAAACAAGUUAGCAUUUGUUGCUAAGUGAAAGUGUUUGUUAUGAACAACACUACUUGUAUA